GAAUGUUUGUUUUAGAGUGUUGUAUUGAAUUUUUCAUCAGUCAUGAGUCAAUAUAAUAUUUGAGGAAGGUACCAACAAAAAUCCCAGUAAGCACUAAUGGCCAUGGGGCAAAGUCUGCAGCUCUGUCAGGCACAAAGGAAACUCCUGCAGCUUCUCAGUCCGUUUUUGCACAAGCCCAGCCUGUUUUGCAAACAGCUCUGCCUCGGUGCCAAUGUGGCAGCCGCUCGCCGGAACCUGCCCCGCUACCGGUACGAGCUGGAGAACCGUCUGCUGUUCGGACGGGUGGUGCGGACUCCAAGCGGCGCGCCCGCUGAGCGGGAGGCUGACCCGCCCGCUGGUGUUACCGUUGUCUCCGAGAGGGGGUUUCCGGAGGGCAGUGUGGGCGUGUCGGUCCGCCCCCGGUCCCGACGCACCUCUGCUUCGGCCACCUCUUCUACCAGCACCGCCUCCCCAAAACCCUCCGCCGCCACCGUCCCUGAACCAGCUGCCACCUCCUCCACUACCGGUCCCUCCGCCACCUCCAGCGCCACCCCCAGGUCCCGCAGUACGCUCCUGGGCACCUCGAGCGCCGCUGUUCCCCCGGUCAGCUAUAUGUACUCCACCGAGGAGCCCCCGACUGACGCGCACAUGGAGAGGCCAGCGACGCCGCUGCCCAGCGUCAGCCGCGUCCUGCAGGCUACAAUGAGUGAGGAGAGUCGCGCGGCGCUCCGCCGCUGGGAGGAGGCCAUGAUAGCCCGGCACGGGCCGGACGGAUUCGCACAGAUCAAGGAAGCCAUGUUCUCUGUGGGCCGGGAGCUGCACGCGGCCAUCCACCGUCACCUGCUGGGCUCCGCUCCCGAGGCGCCCCUCUCGCCGGCCGCUGACGGGUUCUGGCGCAGCGUGCGGCCGGCCCUGCGGCACGUGGACGGAGCCGGUCUGCUGGCCGCCGAGCGGCCGCUACGGCACACCCAGCUCGGCUACCAGGGCGUGGUCGACUGCGUGGCACCCUUCCGGUCUUGCCCGAUGGUGAUCGAAUGGAAGACUGCCCGGCGACCCAAGUACAGCGUCCGAGAACUAUACGAUAACCCUGUGCAGGCGGCUGCCUAUCUGGGCGCCUAUAACUACACCCACAGAGACGCCCAGGUGGACCGGGCAGCCGUGGUGGUGGCCUACGAGUCGGGCCGACCGGCCACCGUCCACGUGCUCUCCCCGGCCGAGUGUCGCCGCCACUGGGCCGCCUGGCUGCAGCGGCUGCUCCAGUACAGGCGAGAGACGGACGUGAUCUGAGGCGUCUGCGGCUGCUAUAAUACAGACGGGAGACAGACGUGGUCUAGGGCGCCACUGGGCCGCCUGGCUGCAGCGGAGUCAGUACAGACUCCGCUGCAGAAGUCAGUACAGACGAGAAACGGACGUGGCGUAGGGCGUCUGAUGUCCGAUAAAUUGACGUCGCACUUAUGGGAGGUGGACGCAGACGCGGAUCUACGCUUGCGAAGUACAAUCCUGGUGCUGUGAAGUUCCUUCAGCUUGUACGCCGAUGUCGUACGGUGAUGCUUCCUAGAGGAGACGCUGUUGUGGAAUGAGGAUACGGAGCGGUUUGCGCUGUGCUCCUCAGGGGAGUAGGCGAUACUGUGAUAUCGGCCGGUGAUGCCGUUUUGUGGUAGAUUAUGUCCAUUACAUCAUUUUUUUCGAAUUCAGAAAGAGUACAAAUAUUGCCAUCAAUAAUACAUGCAUUGACCUUA